ACUUUGAAAAAUGUUAGACCGGAAUAUAAUCCUCGUAAUUCCGGUGGCAAAAAUGUCGGAAGAAGGAAACCAAAUAGAAGAAUUUGAACAAAUAGACUUUUUAAAAGAUCGACAUGUGCGAUUCUUUCAAAGAUCGCUUCAGGUGUUACCCGAGAGAUAUUCCUCAUUAGAAACCACCAGGUUGACCAUCGUGUUCUUCGCACUGUCUGGUCUAGACGUAUUGGAUGCUCUUCAUGUCAUUGAUAAGGACAACAUGAUUGAGUGGAUCUACUCCCUCCAGGUCUUACCCACCGAGGACGAAUCCAAUAUGCAGCGCUGUGGCUUUCGGGGAUCAUCGCAUAUUGGACUUCCUUACAGCUCCAAGGGUCCAGGGAUGGCCCAUCCGUACGACAGCGGCCACAUAGCCAUGACCUACACGGGCCUGGCUUCCCUGCUGUUGCUAGGAGACGACCUGAGUCGGGUCAACAAGCGGGCCUGUCUGACCGGCUUGAAGGCGCUGCAGCUUGAGGAUGGCAGUUUCUACGCAGUGCCGGAAGGAAGUGAGAACGACAUGCGGUUCAUCUACUGCGCCGCCUGCAUCUGCUACAUGCUGGACGACUGGUCUGGGAUGGACAUCCACAAGGCCAUCGAGUACAUAAGGAGGAGUAUGUCGUACGACAACGGGAUUGGCCAGGGAGCGGGACUGGAGUCACAUGGAGGCUCCACGUUCUGCGCCGUGGCCUCCCUGAGGCUCAUGGGCCGGCUGGAGGAGACGCUGAGCGAGCGCGAGCUGGACCGCAUCCGGCGCUGGUGCAUCAUGAGGCAGCAGACGGGCUUCCACGGCCGGCCCAACAAGCCCGUGGACACGUGCUACUCCUUCUGGGUGGGCGCCACGCUGGAGCUGCUGGAUGUGUUCCAAUACACUAACUACGAGAAGAACAGGAACUACAUCCUGUCCACUCAGGAUCGGCUGGUGGGAGGCUUCGCUAAAUGGCCCGACAGCCACCCAGACCCGCUCCACGCCUACUUCGGUCUGUGCGGUCUGUCUCUGCUGGGUGAGCCCGACCUGAUGAAGGUUCACCCGGCUCUUAACGUCACCCAGAGAGCCUUCCAGCACCUCCAGCAGCUGCAGCAGGCAUGGAGGGACAACGUGAGCAGCUGUGCCUGACAGCACCACCCCGAUCCCCACCAACACCACCCAACCCCCCCCCCCCCCCACCACCACCACCCAAGCCAUCUCAUCUCAACACGCUGUGACCACAUCAGGUAGAAUAUUCUAUUUUCUCGGAACAUCGGAUGGCCAAGUGUUGACGGCUUCACGGAAUCAAAACAACACACGGCUGUUUUUUUGCCACGGCUUCGCGCUUUUGGCUCGUGGACCGACCCGAAGGGUCUAUAUGUAGACGUUUGAAGGUCCAAAGUUCAGAUCCCUGAGCCCUUUUUUGCAGGACUAAAUAAUGUUUCUUUUUUUAAAACAUUUUCAUGUUCCUGCUAUCGCCUGCAAAGCCCCCCUCAAAAUACAGAGAAAUCCUGCCCCUAAGACAAGAAGAUGAAGUAGAAGAUGAAAAAAUCAAGAAGCGCAGUUUCUAACGAUCCCCCCCCCUCCCAUCCCCCUCAAACAUCCCAACAUCUCCCAAGGGCCGCACCCUUGACCUGCUUCUGAACUUGUUGAUGCCUUCCAGUCAUGCAGAUGGUACACCCCUCCCAGCCCUCUACACACUGAACUGCUCACCAACCAUCUCAACACCUUUCAAAAUACGUUGAGGUUGUCCACUUCAUGUGAUGGUUGAACUGGAGUGAAAUGGAGGCUAAAUUAGGGCUUGUAUUCUCCUUUCGUUCUCCAAGCAUUUUGCAGGUAUCGUUUGUUUUUAAUGCAGUUCGCGGACACUGGCUUGCACUCGCUCUCUCUCUCUGCCAAAGCCACACCCUUCACCUCUUUUGACAUGCUCAUGAUCACGAUCAGGAGGGGAUUUUGGAACAUCUUCCCAGCUGGUCACACAUGUAAAAACAGACGUACACAUCUGCGUACACAUGUUUCCGACCAUCUAAGGUGAUGGUCUGCCUGUCUGAGGGUGGAAAGCUGGUUAGGGGUACAUUUACCUCAUGUGCUCUGGUCAAAGUCCUACAACAAAACAAUGCCCCUCCUCAGCACUCUUGUUUGUUUUUUGCAAUGGAACCCAUCACUUAAUAAAUAAAGGAUUCGCCCUAUCAAUUAUUUAGGCUGAACUGGCGCAGUCUAGUCUCCUCUCUUCCUAACCCCAGCGGUGUCUGUCUCACUGUGACUAUAUCAAAUAGUGUUGUUUCUGGACUGAUUACAACUACCUUAGCCUUAUGACUUGUACAUUUUAUUCAUGACCCAAUUCAUUAUUUUUUUAAUGUAUGUAUUUUGGAUUUGACCAUGUUUCGAAUAACCUUCUCACCAUUCGUUGCUUGGUUUUACUAGUAUUAUUUUGGAAUUUACGGUAUACUUACUUUACUAACUGCAGAAUUUGCCUUUACUACUUUUGAGUACAAUGUUCAUUUUAAAAUGUUUGUACAAACAUUAUGGUUAAAAUAAGAUGUACAUUGAUUCCUGUGCGUGUGUACACGUUGAGUUAUUUUGUGUUUGAAUAUUCUUGUAGUGUGUACGAGUAAGAACCAUAAAUGCAAAAGAAAUACGAAGAUGGAAUCAAAUUAACAUCGCAGCAUUGAAACUGAAGUACUUCGGCUCAGGUGGGUCUCCAAAUGCACACGAGCCAAAGCAACAUGCAGCAUUUUUCUCAUCUUAUUCUUCUACAUGUGCCUCUUGUAGAAUAACUCUGUUCUGUGUUUGAUUAAUCAAUACUUUAUUCUAGACUCACAGCCACUCUUUGCCUGUAUGGUUUUAACUUGCUCUAACAAGUCAAUAGUGUACAUUUGAAUUAUUCUUCAAACAUUUAUUUGCUUAAUAGACUAAGAUCAAGUGCUUUGGCCAAAACGAGUUCAAAAAAUAUUCUCGCACGAUCAAUCAUUUAUUUGAGGGGAAAAUGGGAGGGCAGGGAGGAGGUGGUGAUUCAGAGAGGUAAGCAUGAACACUCCUAUCUUUCCCCCUUUUGAGAAUUAAUGAAUGGCUGAGCAGACACAGAAAAGGCUGCGUGGGUUUUAUUGCUAUACUAACCAGGGCUGCGCCUCCACACUCCUGCUUGUGCUGCAUCUCCUUUCCUCCCCCAAACACCGUCACCUUGAGGCCUGGAGGGAUCUGAAUGAUACGGGGUGGAUGUUAACAUGUAGACGCCAGAAAAGUGAAUAAACUGUUAUUUUUUUAAUGCUGCGUAGAAAUCUCCCCGGCGUAGAUGUAAUAAAUGUAAAUGUGUAUGGAAAGUGGUUUAAAGCCCUAGAAAUGAGAUGAUAGUGUCUAUAUGAGGCUUAUUAUGGUUAGUUAUGGAAACUAAGGGACUAAAUUAAGUUGGAUAUUGGCAGUGGCCAUUGUACUUAUGUGAAAUAAAAAUGCUUACCUUUUUCGAA